AGACAUUUGCCUUCUCAAGGUUACCCAUCAAAGCCGUAUAUUUGGCACCGGCAUAUAAUGGUGGUGAGUUCUCUGUCAGAAGAUUCGGACAUCACUUUACGAUAUCUUCCUGGACUUUAUGAACUGAUCUGACUUGUUUUACACUGUGCUUGCCACAGAUAAAAAUGACUGAGGGACUAUCAAUAUGCAUAUCGUGAGCCUGGAAUUUAUUGCAUAGUACAUAUUGGUUUGGCUCUGUUUACUCUCAUUCAUGCCACUUUAACUGUAUGUAAAACAUUUAUCACAAGGACGUGGAGGUUUUAAUUCAUUUCCGUCCUCAAUAUGCAACUAGACGGAAUGGACUCACUUAUUAGUAGCUACGUUGACUCACUUCAGAUCCUUCCCUCAGAAAUGCAGUCCAGAAUAACCGCAUACCUUCAGUCAGAUCUUCAACAACGCCACUUACUGACACUAGCUAGGCGCACUGUGGAUGAGAUGCAAAAGUCUGUGGAGCAUAGUACCAAAAGAAAGCAUUUAGAUCAACUCAUGUAUGUUUUAGUUGCGGUCCAAAACAUAUGCGACCGCCGAAUCAAUGAUCUAGAUGAAUUAGAUGAAGUAAUCGAAUCCCAUUCUUUAAAGCUGAUGAAUGCUAAAAUGAAAGUUGAUACAAUUGAUCCCCAACGUACUCAUUCAAAUGCGGAAAAUGUCCCUGAAAGUGAAGUCGACACCAGUGAUCUAGAACUGUCUAAUCCUCAAUACGAUUGUAAUGUACUACGGCGCAACUUGUCUCAGGAAUCAAGUUUCGACAAGUGCACUAGCUACUCUAUACCAAACACACGAUGUAGUGAUAUAAGCAUUCGAGGUAAAGAACGCUUUCCAUUACGUGCUGUUAGCACCAAUAGUCGGACUGCGUCACGUCGAUCACUGAACAAAUGGGUUUCAGGCGUUCAUCGCCUCAAACCUGCUAAUUCAAUCGGUAAUACAAAUGCCAACAACUCUCUAAAGUCCAAAGGUGAUGCUAACAAUAAAUCUACAAGUAGGACUUCAGUGGAUCUCAAACAACAUAAAGUAAGUGUAACAUAUACCCGUUACUCUCGAAGUCAACAACAGCGAUUCAAAAGUCAUCGUGUAUUGCCAAGAUCACUUCACCCGAAUCGUGCAAGACCUCAGUACCUAGAGUACGCUAUGCUGAGACAUGGGUCUCGGAGGAGAAGAAAUACGGUGUCGAAAUAUACUAAUCUCGACUCUUCUCGAAAUAGUGAGGAAACAGAUCUCGUCGGUAAUGUGAAACGACGACAUGAACAAAGCCAUUCUGGUUUUUACAAAAACGAAAAUUGUUUUGGUUCAUCUAAUAAAUCAAUAAGUGAUUUAAACAAUGAAGAUAAAAUAGAAGAGAGAGAUGCUUAUACCCUACUUAGUUUAAAAAGCCCAAAAAGGCUGGGAGAUAGGUCGUCUGAUUGGAAUAGCAGUUACAAUGAAAAUGAAAAUCUGGUUGAUGUAGAUUGUAGUGACAGCAAUGGUCAUACCGCAUAUGAUAUGGGAUGCGAUCAAAACUGUUCUUCGCAGGAAACACAAAUCAUCAGAACACUAACUAAUCAACUAACAAACGCUCAAAGUGGUGAACCAAGUCGUCAAAAGAUGUAUAGGCUCCGAAGAGCUAGUAACAAUGUACAGUCAACACAAUCGUAUCACCGACCCAGUUCAUCUUUUCCAUCUGCAUCACCAGAACAUGGAUCUAAUCGCAGUUCUUUAACAUCUCAGAGUCUUAGUCACAACAACACUAGGCGAGGAUGUCGAAGUAAUAACACCGUACGUCACAAAAUGGAUCCUCCAGUAAACACAAGGUCUCCUCCAGGAAAUCCAUUUAAGUAUGGAUCACAUGCUGAUGAUAUGAAUGCAUUUCGACACAAAGUAAUAUCAGAAAACAGCCCUAGUCAUAGUAUGAGUGAAGCAAGCGUCAGCCCAGAUGAGCGUCUGUACUGUAUAUGCCAAAAAGUAUCAUUUGGUGAUAUGAUAGCUUGCGACAACAAGUUCUGUGAGGUUGAAUGGUUUCACUUCUCAUGUGUAGAUGUUCGGGUUCAACCUAAGGGUAAAUGGUAUUGCCCUUAUUGUCGAGGAGAGUCUUCAAAAAUAAAAAGAUCCGAUAUCUAAUGUCGUUUUUACCCCCUUAGAAUCCAUUAUAAGGAUAACGAUUUUGAAAAAGCCAAGUCAUGGAUGAUAAUGCAUAAUUAUUAUUGUUUAUUCAAGUAAUAUUAUAAAUUGAGUUUCCCCAAACCUUCUACAACUUUCCUGGUUUCCAGUAAUUUUGAACGGGCUUUUUGGUACGCUUCUAAAUGUUGAAUAAAAAUGUAUAUUAAAGUAUAACCUACUUAUUAUCGUUGAAACAUCCAUGUGUGCAAGUGCUAUCCUGUAAAAAAAACAUUGUUUAUCAAUUUUCAAAUGGAGACUACCUACCUUCUUUGCUUCUCAUCCCCCGCUGUUGGACAUUUGCUCAUAGUCCUGUAUAGAUUUGACCUGCAUGUAAAAAGAAACAGUUUUACUUCUCACGACAAAACUGCUUUGUACUCUGCACAAACAUUAUUGUUAAGUGCCAUUUAGUAUAAUUUCUGAAUAGGAAAUAUCUUCAAAUAUAUAGUGCAUCUCUUUUCGUUCUACAA